CUAAGAGGUCCGGCCACCAUAAUCUGCUUGAGGCCUCCUUCAUCAUCACAGCGGCAUCCAUCAGGUCUGUGGCAGGCAGACCAGCCGCAGAAGCGCACGCCAGCGCUCCCAUUCAGCACAGGCAGACCUUGGCAUGGACAGGUGCUUGCUGGCACCAGUUUCUUUGGAGCAUUAUCUAAAUCCAAAUACAUCUGGCUGCUGGAGAAGCCAUUUGUCUACUAUAAUCAUAUCAAUACGGGAAUAUACACGGAAAUAAAUACCCAUAUUCUAUAUGCCGAGGUUCUUAGUGACACUUCAUACUGACCAGGGCAUAAAUUAACAUUACUAAGUAUACAGCACAGAAGACUAAAGAAAAGAAGAAUAUUCAAGAUUAGACAAGAAUGAAAGGAAAUAAAUACCCAUAUUCUAUAUGCCGAGGUUAUUAGUGACACUUCAUACUGACCAGGACAUAAAUUAACAUUACUAAGUAUACAGCACAGAAGACUAAAGAAAAGAAGAAUAUUCAAAAUUAGACAAGAAUGAAAGAUUCCUAUACUAUGGACGAUGUGUAUAUGAAUGUUGAAGAACUAAAAAAUGAAGCAAAAUUAACCAACGAUGAAGCAACAACCAAAAAAGUUUCAACUAGCAACACCACAACAGCACGCACAGUUCUAGCAGCUCUGGUCCUUUUUAUUGUCUUAUUCCUCAUUUUGGCGGCCAUCACAGGUUCCCUGUUAAAAUACUACUUAGCAAUGAGUGAAGAGAUGUCACGUCUGAAGAACCAUGAAAUUGCCAUCCUCAAGAAUGACCUCAGUGACUUAAAGAACACAACAGGUGACCAACAACGAAUGGCCAUUGAAAAUUUCAAAACUUUCAAAAAGGAUUUAGAUAAUGUUAAACAACAUUUUCUCCAGGAGAUUAAAGUUGUUAACAAGACCUUGGAGGAUAUCUGCACACGGUGCCCUGUUGGCUGGUAUAUCAGUGGCUCUUCAUGUUAUUACAUCUCUGGGGAAGAAUUAUCCUGGGAUGGGGCUCGAGAUAGAUGCUUUCAAAUGAGCUCUAUUCUUGUAAUGAUAAAGGACCAGACUGAAUUGGAUACUUUAAAUAAAUUAUUUACAACAAGCAGGAGCUACUGGAUCGGACUGAGACGGGACACUGAAGAUAUCAACAUCUGGAAGUGGCUGGAUGGGACACAAGUCCCCUUCACCAACUGGAUAAAGAAUGAGCCCAACAAUCACGGGAAAAAUGAGCAUUGUGGAGAAACCAUGUCCGGACCUUGGAAUGAUCGAAACUGUAAUGAUAAGUUGUCUUAUAUUUGUAAAAGGAUUAGAACUUGCUGAGAUCCAUUCCAUACCAAGUAGUGGUAGAAUCAAAUGUAAUAUCUCGACCCCAGACUCCCCCCCCCCCCCCCCC